UCUGUACCUUUUGUUUUUGCUGUUGACCCAUGGACGGGGCUCGUGCAUCAAUCCAGCACCCUCACAGUCUGCUUGCAGGACCUCCUUUCCAUCGAUGCAACUUUUAAUUGAACCAUGCUCCGUGUUGGAUUGCGUUUUAUCACGGCCGUCCCUUUUCUUCUCAAAGUCUUUAGCUUUCUGGCAACCAGCCACGGUGGUGGUCAGCUGGGCAGUUUGCAUUUUGCAAAUGAAAAUCAAGAAAAGUUUAUUAGGAAUUUACAAAGUUAUGAAAUAGUUCAUCCCGUCAAAGUGGACGAAAGAGGAAUUUUUCUCUCUCCGGACGUUAUUCAUUAUGUCAACCACAUUGGAAGGAGGGACCUUGGAAAGACAGAGGACCACGUGUAUUACCAAAUUGUUCACCGGGGGCAAAAGCUGCUUUUCAACUUGACAGCCAAUCGCCCUUUCCUUUCUCCAGGCUACGUCCUGGAGAAAAGGUACGCAAAUGUAACCGGUGCCAUCAUUCAGACCCCUGCAGAGAACACGUGUCACUUCAUAGGCAGAGUAGAGCAUCAAGACCUGGGAAGUGGCAUUGCAGCCAUCAGUACCUGCAAAGGACUGCACGGUUUGUUUCGUUUACGCAGCGAAGAUUAUUUUAUUGAACCUAUUCAUGGCCACCCAAGGAAAGAAGAAGAGCAACAACCACACAUUAUAUAUAAGAGGCACGCUGUCCAGCAGUCUCAGAGGAAGCGGAAUGCAGCUGAAAGCCACCAUGGUAGACUCCCCAAGAGUUCAAAAGAUUCUGUUAAUAACAUCCUGCAGCAAGAGAGACAAAGAGAGAGAUGGGAAGAGAGUCAGAGAAGAGGCCGCAGAAUCUCCCAGCGAUCAAUCAGCAAAGAGCGAUGGGUUGAAACUUUAGUAGUUGCUGACACCAAAAUGAUAGAAUAUCAUGGCAGUGAAAAUGUGCAGUCAUACAUCUUUACCAUAAUAAAUAUGGUUACAAGCUUGUUCCAUGACCCCAGUAUUGGCAAUGCAAUCCACAUCGUAUUGGUGCGGCUCAUUUUACUAGAGGAAGAAGAGAAAGAACUAAAAAUCGUCCAUCAUGCUGACCAUACCCUUUCCAGUUUCUGCAAGUGGCAAAAGAAUGUGAAUCCUAAAAGCGACUCCACCCCAAAUCAUCAUGAUGUAGCCGUAUUGUUGACUAGAAUGGAUCUCUGUGCUGGAAUGAAUCGCCCCUGUGAGACAUUAGGUCUGUCUCAUGUCUCAGGAAUGUGUCAACCACUUCGAAGUUGCAACGUUAAUGAGGAUUCUGGCUUGCCAGUAGCAUUUACCAUCGCACAUGAGAUUGGUCACAGCUUUGGCAUCCAGCAUGAUGGACAAGGUAAUGACUGCGAACCCAUGGAGAAGCAUCGCUUCAUCAUGUCUCGCCAGUUGCAGUACGAUCAGUCUCCUCUCAUAUGGUCCCACUGCAGCAAAGAUUAUAUCACACGUUUUCUGGAUCGAGGCUGGGGUUUCUGUCUCAAUGAUCCACCAACUAAACAGGAACUAGAGGUUCCCACCAUCGCUCCAGGUGUACUGUAUGACGUCCAUCAUCAAUGUCAGCUCCAGUAUGGACCCAACUCAACCUUCUGUGAGGAAAUGGAUAAUGUUUGCCAGACUCUCUGGUGCUCAGUGCAUGGCUCUUGUCGCUCUAAGCUGGACGCUGCAGCAGAUGGGACUAAAUGCGGAGAAAAGAAGUGGUGUUUUAAUGGUGAGUGUGUGACAGUUGGGAAUCGUCCAGAAGCUGUGAAUGGAGGAUGGAACAACUGGAGUUCCUGGUCAUAUUGUACACGUACAUGUGGAGCAGGAGUUCAAGCAGCAGAGAGGCAUUGCAGCAAUCCAGUUCCUAAGUUUGGUGGAAAGUACUGUACUGGAAAACGCAAACGAUAUCGUGUUUGUAAUAUCAAGCCAUGUCUUCAGGAGACACCUACAUUCCGUCAGAUGCAGUGCAGCGAGUUUGACACAGUUCUUUACAAAAAUGAACUCUAUUCUUGGGUUCCAGUACAUCAUAUUGCUAAUCCCUGUGAACUGCACUGCCGGCCCAUUGAUGGACAGUUCUCUGAGAAGAUGCUCGACGCAGUGAUUGAUGGAACAUCGUGCACUGAGGCUGCAAACAGCAGGGAUAUCUGCAUCAAUGGCAUAUGUAAGACUGUAGGGUGUGAUUAUGAGAUAGAAUCUAAUGCAGUUGAAGAUCGAUGUGGGGUGUGCCAUGGGAAUGGCUCUUCCUGUCAGACAGUGAAGAAGACGUUUGAAGAGAGUGAAGGAUUAGGCUAUGUAGAUGUGGGCCUGAUUCCUGAAGGAGCACGAGAUAUCCGAGUGGAAGAAAUAGCUGAAGCAGGGAAUUUCUUGGCUUUACGAAGUGAAGACCCAGAGAAAUAUUUCCUCAAUGGAGGGUUUAUUAUCCAGUGGAAUGGAGACUACAAAGCAGCAGGAACAACAUUUAAGUAUGAAAGAAAUGGAAACCUGGAAAACCUGACAGCUCCAGGACCUACAAAAGAACCUGUCUGGAUUCAGCUAUUGUUCCAAGAAACAAACCCUGGAGUACGGUACGAGUACACUAUCAAGAAAGACACAGAGAAAGAGAACACUAUAGGACAGCCAGAGUUCUUCUGGAAAUUCGGAGCUUGGACUGAUUGUAGUGCUCCAUGUGGAACAGGAGUUCAGCGUCAGAUCGUCCGAUGUGUGGAAAAAACACCCAGAGUCGUGGAAGACAGGUUUUGUGAUGCAAGAAAUCGCCCUGAUGACAGGCAACAGAAAUGCAAUGAACAGGAUUGCCCGGCCAGAUGGUGGUCUGGUGAAUGGCAGAAAUGCUCAACGACAUGUGGCGACUCAGGUAUUAAGAAACGUACAGUUCUCUGUGUUCGAACGGUGGGAACAGAUGAGCAAGCACUUCCCAGUUCAGAGUGCAAUCAACUUCUCAAGCCAAGGACUCAAAUGACAUGCAAAAGAGAUAUCCCUUGCCCCUCAAACUGGACUGUGGGUAAUUGGAGUGAAUGCUCAGUUACAUGUGGAGGCGGCUUCCGCACACGGACAGUGACGUGCGCUAGGAAUAAUAAUGAGCUCUGCAAAAUCUCCAAAAGGCCAAGCACGAAAAGUUUGUGCGGCUUACGGAACUGCCCUAUCAAUAAGAAAAUUCUGUUCCCUCUGCGGAAGCCCAAAGGUGGCAAGACUUUUAACAAAGAUCUGCCUAGUAAGCUGGGGCCCAAAUAUGGCCCUAAUCACUCAGGUGCAAAAGUUCAACCUAAACACAAACAAAUACCUGUGACAACUGAGGAGCCUCUUUCUGUCAACAUCACAAUGCAAUCAGCUGCUAGCACAAGCCCUGUAACUACAAUGGGUACCACUACAAAAAUACAAAUUCAUUUGCAAGACAAGCCUGCCCCAAACCAGCAAAACAACCAUGCAUCAAGUGAUGAUUCCAACUUUAUUGCUAUUCAACAAGAUUUGACCGACGAAGGUGAUAACACUAAUUGGAAGAGGGUCACUGAAGCUGGAAAUGUUACACCUACAAUUCAAGGUAUGAAUGAGACACACAGUAUUACUGGUGAAAGUGACAGUACCUCAGAAUAUGAUCCUAUUACCACAGAAGUGGUUGGUGAUCAUCCUCCGUUUACAAAAGAACCUCAGGUUAAUCCCACAGCAGAUGAAUUCAAUAAUGAAGUUGCAAAGUCUACCACAGCCCCUAUCAGUGCCGAGGAAUCAAUUUUAUAUGGUAGUUCACAGACAACGCUUGUCACUACAGUAAAGCCUGGUAGCACGCAAAUAGUCAAGCCAAAUGUAAGAGCACCUUCUCCAGGUUUUGUUCGUAGAAAGCCUGGUUUUCCAAGGUUAAAAAUAGAUUCAAAGGUCAAAGCAACUAUGGAGCGGCUAAGAAUGAAACUUCUCAGGAUGCUGAAUCCAGAGCAUUUUGCUAAUAUUAGUGACAUCCUCACACCUGGUCUAGUUUUUAAUGAUGAAAACAGUCUGCAGUACAAUCCUGAGCUCACUACUUCUAAUGCAGUUGUUAUCACACACUCGGAAUGGAUAAAACUCUCAGAAGCAAUUGGAAGUAAAUUGCCAUCCUCCGAAACACAAUUUACCACAAAAGUACCUUUGAAGAGAACUCCAACGACAAAUAGACCAAAUAAUUUCCUCAAUGUUACAGACUAUGAUGAUUUUAAACCUGAAGUUAACAAUGGUUUCUGGAAGGUUGGAAACUGGAGUGAGUGUUCUACCACAUGUGGAAUUGGUGCUAUGUGGAGACAGAUAGAGUGCAGCACCAAAGAGGACUCAGACUGUGGAAAGAUUAAAAAACCAGCCCCUGCUCGGAGAUGUUUUGUACGUCCAUGUGCUAGCUGGAAAAUAGGUAACUGGAGCAAGUGCUCAGAAAGCUGCGGAGGGGGUGCUAAAAUCCGCGACAUUCAUUGUAUGGACAGUCGUGAUAAAAGACCACUGCGGCCUUUCCACUGCCAGUUCCUAGGAGCCAAACCAAUCACAAGUUUUCGCUGCAAUCUAAACACCUGCGCCGACUGGCAUACAUCUACUUGGAGUGAGUGUUCAAGAACAUGUGGCAGUGGGGUACAAAAACGAUCGGUUCACUGUAUGGAGGACAGACAGUGCAGCGUGAGGGCUCGGCCUCACGCCACCAUGCCAUGCAAUGCUCAGCCAUGUACUCAAUGGGUAGUUGGAAGCUGGAAUGAGUGCUCUGCAUCCUGUGGAGGAGGCUUCCAGCAGCGAGUGGUGAAAUGUGUGAACUUGGAAACUAAUAAGACAGAGGAGAACAGCAGCAUUUGUGAACUUGACCCAUCCCCCGAUGUGGAACAGAGGUGCAACAUCCAGAAGUGUGGGAACAAGAACGUUAAGAAAAUGCUUCACAAGGAACAAGAUGGUACUCAGGUCAUGAUGAGAGAGGGGCUAAUUCAGACUCUAGAAGGGUUUAAAAUUGAUAAGGAGGAGUUAUUGGAGAGGUUGCCUGCACUUAAAGUGGAUAAGGUACCAGGACAGGAUGCGAUGCAUCCAAGGAAACUGAGGGAAAUGAGUGUGGAAAUUGCGGAGGCACUGGCCAUAAUUUUCCAAUCUUCGUUAGACUCCGGUGUUGUGCCAGAGGACUGGAGAAUUGCAAAUGUUACACCCUUGUCCAAAAAAUGGUGUUACGGAUUUUCCCCUCGUCGGCCAGGGGCGGUGCGUAGGCCCGGGAACAGCCGCGAAAUGGACCGCCAUCCACGAUUGAGCCCCAACCACGAUUUCACGCUGGCGGGCCAAUUACAGGCGACUUCCUGCCUGGCCAGGAGGGGCCAGGCAGGGGCCUGUCGGCCGCUGGGUCCAAUGGUGACCCAGCAACCGGUUCACCAGCAGGUGUUCUCUCUCCAGACCCAGAAGCAACACCCUGGCACCCGAGGACCACCGGGGAUCACAGACACAGAUUUCACAUUCCAUCUGCGGUUCAGCAUUUUACAGCAAUUAAGCCUAAGAACAGAACUGAAGCAAGAUGUUGAUUACAAUUGUGCUUGUCAACAAAGGGAUAGUGGGACUGAUUUUGAUAACAGCUGUAUUAAGGACAAAAUGUCAAAAAAGUUUUGCCUCACCUUGAAGAAAUUGGGUAGAUGCUCAAUGCCAACAAUACGGAUGCAGUGUUGUCACACUUGCCAGAAAUUUAACAUCAUGACAUCAAGAAGAGGAAUCCAGCGAAGUUUGAGCCAAAGAGCUGCUUCAGAUUCAUGA